AUGCAGCUCGCUCUCUCUUUCUCAGCUCUCCUCGCAAGCGUCCUCUUCGUACUCUCCGCCACCGACAGUGGCGUCCAGGCCGCUCCCGCUAAGCGUGCUAGAACCGUCACGCUCCCUUUGACCCGCCUCCACCAGAACCGCGGAGAUGUGCAUCCCCAAGUGCUCCUGCAACAGCACAUUAACAGGAGCCAGCGCCGCAUUGCGCGCAUGAGGGGCGUUGCGCCCCCGAGCAAGCGCGAGCUGGAACAGAACCUCGCCAAGCGUCUGUACAUCCCCGCGGGUGGCCGCCCUGGCAAGGUUCAGAAGCGGUUCAACCGCGUCGGCACCAAAGGCUCCGUCUCCCUUGUCGAGGAAGACGAUGACGCUAAGUUCGAGCCUUUCGCGAAGGCGGCUGGUAGGAAGGGUAAAGGCAAGGGCAAGGCCGGCACUGCUGGUGCCAACAGCAAUGCCGGCGGGAAUUCGGGUGCUGCUGCGUCCGCGUCCGGCCUCACCCCCGCCAACGCACCGACUGCGAACAACUCGCUUGGUCUUGCUAUCGAGGCCCAGGAUGUUGGUUACAUCGCGACGAUCCAGAUGGGCACGCCCCCUCGUGACUUCAACAUCCUCAUGGACUCGGGCUCUGCGGAUCUUUGGGUCGGCGCAGAGAACUGCCAGUCCGAGUCUGGUGGUGACUGCGGCAACCAUACCUUCCUCGGUCCUCAAAGCUCGUCGACUUUCACCGACACGAACAAGCAGUUCCAAGUCACGUAUGGAACUGGCAACGUCCAGGGUGACAUCAUUCAGGACAACAUCGUGGUCGCCGGCCUCGCUCUCAACGCCCACACCUUCGGUGUCGCGACCGCCGAGUCGGUCGACUUCUCGUCCGACAGUGUGCCUUUCGACGGUCUCAUGGGUCUUGCGCAGUCGACGCUCUCCGAGCAGGGUGUUCUCACCCCCGUAGAGGCCCUCGCCCAGGCAGGCCUGAUCGGCGACGCCAUCACCUCGUACAAGAUCUCCCGUCUCGCCGACAACAAGAACGACGGCGAGAUCACGUUCGGCGGGCUCGACCCCACCAAGUUCGACGCGAGCACGCUCGUCACCUUCGACAACGUCGCGACGGACGGCUUCUGGGAGGGCGCCAUGGACGGCGUCACCGUCGACGGCCAGGACACGGGCCUCCAGGGCCGCUCCGCGAUCCUCGACACCGGCACCACGCUCAUCGUCGCGCCCCCCGCGGACGCGACCGCGGUGCACCAGCUCAUCGACGGCGCGCAGGACGACGGCCAGGGCGGGUUCACCAUCCCGUGCAACACGAACGCGUCCGUCGCGCUCUCGUUUGGCGGACAGGAGUUCGCGAUCGACACGCGCGACCUCGUCUUCGCGCAGGCGGACGCCACGGGCACCAACUGCGUCUCCGGCAUCUCGUCUGGCCAGAUCGUCGACGACGUUACGUGGCUGGUCGGCGAUGUGUUCUUGAAGAACGCGUACUACUCCACGGACGUCACCAAGAACCAAAUAUCGCUUGCGAAGCUCGUUUAG